AGGUUUGUUUAACAUAGGAGCCGACUAAAUGCUAUGACUCCUAUGUUAAACAAACCUACUGUAGGAUCCUACGAGAUUCUACAUUAGGAUCCUGUAAGGUCCUACGAAAAUCUUGUAGGACUUUGUCGAAAAACCUCAAAGCCAAAGAGUCCUACAAAAUCCUGCUGUAAGAUUCUUAUGUGAUGCUGUAAUGAGAUUUUGCUAGAUCCUCUAGGCUUCUAGUGUAGGAUUGCAGUAGGAUUUUAUCUGAUUUUCUGGUGGCUUAUCCUACUAGGUAUAUUGGUUUUAUAUGUUUAAUCAUUUUCUGAUCCUAGCUAGUCAGAAUGAGGUGAUUCUGAAUUGGGAUAAAUACAAGGCUUGUGAAUACUGACUCACAGGUCGUCGAACAGUAGCGAGUUUCGAUGACUGACAGUGUUCGCUGCGAAAAUUGGAGACUAAAAGUAUUUUUCAUUUUCUACAGUACGGUUUUAUUUAUGUUAGACUUACUGCAAAACACGUCGGUGAUUGUGUUCACGUAUAGAGAAAGAAAAGAAAAUGGGUCAAUCAAUGGUAACCUUUUUUUUUGUACAAUUACAUUUUUUUACAUAUUUUCAGCCGCACUCCUGCUACUGUCAAUCGAUUUCCAAAUUUCUUGUUUUAUUUUCUUCCUGACAUCUCGCCUCACUAUUUGGUGGCGAUGUCUCUUAAAUUCACUGAGAUACGUGGAUCAAAACAAAAAAAUACCCGUUUUUCCGAUGACUCAUUCAGCGAAAAAAAGGAAAGAAAGAGAGCAAAAUAAAAACAAAGUAGUACGUUUUGUAGGGCUUUCAAUUCUCUAUCCAAGCAUGUGACUCACUUUUAGUUUUGUUUACUUCUUGUUGCCCGUCUAACAAUUUUUCACUCUAGCGAGAUUAUUUUAGACCCGGAGAUCGAUGGGAAAGUAUUUUUAAGAAUUUGAGAUGGCCAAAAGAUAGAGCAUGAAAAAUAGUUUAAAAGUAUAGAAAAAAGUUUCGUCUUCCUGCAGUCGAAAAAGGUAAAAAAGUGAGUUUUGCACUCAGUUUGUAGAGCGAGAUUUUGCAGAUUAUAAGGCCUAGAACGCUUGAAGGACAGCUCCGAUCUUAAUGAAACUUAUACAUACGAAAAAGUAUAGAAAGUUGUACCAAAAGGGAAAAUUUCAGCAUCGGGUGACAUUUUUAAGGGUGAAAAAUUUACAUUAUACUGCAAAAUGUAGAGCGAGAUAUAGUUUAAAACUGAUCUAGUCUUUCUAACUAAAAGAACGUUUAAAAAGCACACUUUUGGCUUGUAGAAAAAUCUGGACAAUCAUUUCUCCUUCUGGAUCAAUUGAGAAGACUAUUCAGUGCGACCAUUAUCAAUUUGUUUUUAUAUUAAACUUUUGGAACACUCUUUUAGCACGUUUCCUUCCAUUAAUCUCUACUUUUUUGUGAUAUACGACUCUCGCCUGUGCUUGUAUACAAAUCUAUCUGAAAGUAAGUAACAAACAAAGUAACACUGUAAAAAAAGAAAGUAAACAGGAAAAAGGAGUUUUUCCAAAGAAAAACUCAGAAGAAAACCUGCCAGAAAAGACAAUACUUCUGUUAAAAUAAAUAAAAAAACGAAAAUCUGCUUGAUUUAUUUUGGAAAAAACUGCAGUUUUCCUGUGUGCUUCAAGCAGGACCGAAAUGAUAGCUGCUACAUUCUGAAAGGGUCAAACGGCAAAGCGAGGUUACACCGGGGUAAUUCAGAGUUUGUGAUAAUUCAACCUUUAUGUGCAGUUUCAUUCGCAGAUCUCUGCACAGUCAACAUACUUAGCUGAUCCUACACAUGGGAGAAGACUUUGGGGUUGAAGCGUUGUCUAAGUGAGAUUCUCUUUCGAUUUUAAAACUGUCACGAAGAAAAUAGUUCACCUUUGAGAUAAAACAGUAACUCGCAUCUUCUCGCUUAUAUUAAACACAUUAUAAAGAGAGUAGUAAUAGGUGUUAACUAUUUCAUUUGAAAAGGACUAUUUAGUCGAAACCGGUCAUGAUCGUAUUUUGUUAACUACCUCAUAAUUGUCGUUAUUUUUUACUCUCUAUAUUUUUUUACUCUCUAUUUUCUACUCUCUAUCGUCAGGUACAGACCGAUAUUAGCUUUGAAUGUUCGACUGAAAAAGUCUGGAAUAGUUCAUCGGACGAUCAGAUCGAAGGUUUUCGUCCUUUUCGUGAAUGGCGGCUUAUGACAGAUUCUAAGGCUCAAGUACAUAACAUUAGAUUAUGUAAAGCUGAACAAUGUGAAGGUCUACAUAGAGCAACGACAUGUUUGGCGUGUUCUGGACGAGGCCGAUCAAUAAUUACGCAGACUGAACUUACGGCUGUCCAGUCGGAAGAGGAUCUGAUUAGCAAAUAUCGAGCAGAAGACAAUCGAUAUUACCGUUAUCGUAAUCAUUUGGCGUUAAACAGCUACUAUCAGGAAAAUCAUAUAUUCCCGAAAACACUGCAGUUUGAUAGCCCCCAUCAAUCAUUCGGCACUCAAGAUGAUCGAAUUCGGAAUAAGUGGGAGAAUAUCAUUCAUGAGAUGAAGUUAAAGUUAUUACAAUGUGAGGCUGAAGCUAUAUCACAAACGAUUGAGUCGGGGGAGAAUCAAUAUGCAUGA